ACUGUAGCAUCAGCACGGCAGCAGCAGUGUCAGUGCUCGGAGCUCCAUCGCUGUUCACACCAGACCGAGACUCAACCAGGCAGUUCAGCAAAUAAGUGACGCUCAAUAUUGCAAUGGUUACACGGUCGAUCUGUUCUGUCGCAGUAGACACGCCGGAGCUGCAAUGAAGGCAGGGGCCUCGUCUAUGUGGGCUUCAUGCUGUGGUUUGCUGAAUGAAGUUAUGGGUACUGGGGCUGUCAGAGGCCAGCAGCCAGGGUUUGGGGCCGGCGCUGGACCCUUCAGAUUUGCCCCCAGUGCAGGAUACUCCACAUAUCCACCCACCAGCUCAGGGAGUCCUGGCCUUGUAUGCAAGGCCUGUGGUCAGGCCUUCUCUGUCUUCAGGAGGAAGUACAUUUGCUGCGAUUGCAAGAAGAGCUUCUGCUCUCUGUGCUCCGUGCUUCAGGAGAAUCUGCGCAUAUGUGCAACAUGUCAUUUGUUAAAGGCAACAGCCUUCCAGCGGCCACGGCUCAUGCGCCUAAGAGUCAGGGACCUGCGUCAGUACUUGCUUCUCCGCAACAUCCCCACUGAUACCUGCAGGGAAAAGGAAGACUUGGUGGACUUGGUGCUCUGCCACAGAGGAAUCGAGGAAGAAGACGACCCCGACACGAGCAGCCUCCACUCACGUUCCCUGUACACACCGACCUCCUCAACCACGCAGUCUGCCUCUGAGCUGUCUGCUUUUGUCGCCUCUCAGGAGGAACGGCUCAGCAGGAGUGACAGCUCUGAUACCAACCAGGAUGGCGAUGCCACAUCUGUGUCUCUCCUCAACUUGGACCCCAGUGAUCACACUCCUGAGGUCAGUCCUCAGACACGACGUCGGGCCAGAGCGUCUCUCUCAGACCUCUCCAGCCUGAGGGACAUCGAGGGUCUGUCAGUGCGGCAGUUAAAGGAGAUCCUGGCCAGGAACUUUGUCAACUAUUCAGGGUGCUGUGAGAAAUGGGAGUUGGUCGAGCGUGUCAGCAGAUUGUACAGAGAGACGGAGGAGAACAGAAAAUCAAUGGAAAAUGUGAGCAGUACUGUAACCACAGUGGUGGCCUUCCCUCCCUCCCCUCCCAUCUGCAACGGUGCCAUCGGAGACGGUGAAAAGGGCCCACUGACGAUCCACGAUGACAACCUCUGCAGGAUCUGUAUGGACGCCAUGAUCGACUGCGUCCUCCUGGAGUGCGGUCACAUGGUCACGUGUACAAAGUGCGGCAAGAGGAUGAACGAGUGUCCGAUCUGCAGGCAGUAUGUCGUGAGGGCCGUGCACGUUUUUAAGUCCUAAUAAACCAACGCAUAACCAAGCGGCUCAGACUGAGACUUAAUCAACCAUGCAGCUCAUCACCUUUGAAUCCACUAAAGACUUGAUUUGUGGAUGUUUGUAUUUCCGAAACUCUCACAUUAUUUGCACAUUAAAACAUAAUGAUUUUUUUUUCAUAAGAAUUUGAUUCCUGAGUUUCACCAGUGGGCAGAGCAGAGGAUUGACCCUCCUUUGAGUCAUUCCUCAAGUUACAUAUCUCUAAAUCUGUGUUCAUUCCUAAGUGUCUGUUCUGCUUUUCUUACAGUUUUUAAAGCAAAGAAUGUGUGGCGCUCAGCCACGUUCAGUCUUGUUAGACACAACUGUUCACCCUCAGAUCUGCCUAUAAACUGUAGCUGGUACUCAGCUCUGCUGGGGACCCGUCAGAGCACCUCUCUCUACAACUGCUGCAAGAGACUACAUAUCUUAGUAACACAGAGGACAGGCGCACACUGGACCUUGCCACGGGGUGAGAUAGGGACAGUGAACACGGUGCCAAAUGAUGGGCCAUGCCCUUACGCUUCUCGCCCAUUUUCUAUCCCCUCUCACUUGUGUGUUCCAGUGUGUGCGUGUCCGUUCUCUGGCACAUUUUAACAGAAAGCACUUUGUUCACACUGUGUGUUAACGCACCACUUCUCACAACCCACUGCAAACUAUGACCAGUAAUGAAGGCUGAGGUAGCAUGUGUACCAAGUGUUGAAAACAGGAGCUUGACCCAUGGAUUUUUUUUUAUUUUAGACAUCACUAACUUUAUUUGGUCAGUAAAAAAAAAAAAUAAAAACUGACCUUGAUAUUGGUGAUUGGUGAAUGAAGUCGAACUUGUAUUAUUUUAACUUCUUUUGCUACUGAAGCUCUUAUUGUACUGCAUUAAAAAUCUAAAUGGUCAUAAAAAGUCUAUCAUUACAGCAAUAGCUAGCCUCCGCUGUCACCUCUGUCCUGUCUCAGCACUUGACGUGGAGACAAAAGACAAAAAAACCGGUGCUAACUCAUCCAACCAUCUUCCCUGACUUAAGCUGAACUGUGGAUGUGAAACUUUGAAUGUUUUCAUUUGUGUAGUUGUGUAUCUUUGGGGGUGGAAUGAAGUGUCUUAAUGCGAUUCAGUUAAUUUUCUCUCAUGUAGGAGUGAUGUAUUGAACUAACUAUUCAAAUCUAUAGCUACAAGUUUACUGACACCUGUGGUAUAGAAAGUAUAUAGAAAUUGACUUGCUAAUGUACAUUUGCAUAUAUUGAUCCAUAUGAGAUGUAUAUAUCUAUAUUUUUUCCAUUUGGUUUAAAUUGUGUAAUAUGAGAUUAUUAAAAUGUCCCUGGAAUUGGGUUAGUUUAUUAAUACCCAGUUACAUUUUCCUGUCAAGUGGUUUGAAGUGUUUUUAAUCUGCAUUAAUCUGCUUGAACUUUUUGUCCAUCUAAAACCAGAGCAUGAUGAGAAUCUUUACAACACUGGUUAGAUUAUCCCCUGUCUCUCCCAGUUUUAAAACUCAAUUUCCUGGGUUUUAUUUCUACUCAUCCAGCUCACCUAACAGUUUCUGGCUCUGCGCUAUACUCUUACAAGAUCAACAUGCUGCUAUUACAGGUGACUUACCCCGUAGUCAUGAGAAAGAGUGGAGCAGGUUGCACUUUUCCUUUUAAGAGGGUGUUAACGUGUGCAAGGUUUGGUCUUUGUAUUUGGGAAUGUUAAACUUUUUAUUUUGGUAAUUAAAGAUUUUAAUUAAAGUCUGUUUUUGUACACAUGA